GUGUACAAUAAACCCCGUUAUAUGCAUUAACCUUAUCAAUUGCCAUAGUGUGAACAGAAAAUAUAUCAGAAGAACUACCAAAAAAUCGUUAACAGGCACCAAAAAAAAUCGUCAAAAGGUUAUGGAAUUUGCAGGCCCAGAAGCAGCUAACCAUUACUUU